CAAUGUGUACCUUACACGCCAUAGCGACCCGUUCACGCGGCGUACAACACACUACAUGCAACGGCCCAUAACACAGUCCCGGCGAAUUUUGUUGGGACAGGGAACGUGUUUGUGUUUGGUGUUUCGAUGAAUAUGAACGCCUAUCAGGCAACGGACAGGUCGGCCUAUAGGUGGUUUUAAUUUGUGAGACACGAGAACGUGAUUUCAACUAUCCAGCAGGCGACAAGGAAGAUCCCGUUUGAAUGAGUGUGAGCAGACGACAGUUGGCGAAGUGAGACUUGGCAGUGUUUCGUUUUUGACAGAGGUUUAUUGCGACGAGAUAUGUAUGCACAUUUUGUGAAAAAUUACGAAUGAAUUCUACCAGUGAUGUCGACUUGGAUUCAUUGUGAAAUUGUGCCUUUGCCAAUUCUUCGACGGGCUUUGGUUAUAUGAGCUAUGAAUAAUUCUAUGAGCUCCUGACGUGUGUUAUGCUGGGUAGGCCUGAGACCUUUGCCAAGAAAACGAUUUAUCCGACUCGAGGAUUAACACACAUGCCUUUGGGUGAGUACUCCUGAUCACAUCUAGCACGGAACUGUGCUAGUUCUGACAAUGUGAAUUUUCGUGAUUGUGGGACUUUCAAGUUGUAAUUGAUUUUACCCCGAAUGCACACCAAAGGAUAAACAUUUCCUUGAAGUAAGUGAAAAGGAAAUCCAUGAACAAAGCCAUGGAGACUAUAAGAGAGGAACGUAGGUUGGACGGUGAAGCCGAUGGUGCCUCAAAAUCGGACUCCAUUUUGUUGAGGUUGAGCCAAGGGUAUCGGCGAAGCAAAGCAGAACAGAUUCUUCGACUAUUGAAGGACCAAGAGGCACUGAAUUCUAAAUUCAAGGAAUUUGACCUGAAUGAAACCCCGAAGCAGGACGACGGGAACGACAGUGAUAACUGGAGUAUAGCCGGAAGUGACGCAUCCUCGGUGGCGGAACUAGAUGUCAAACCGGUGAAAAAGACUCUGAGAAAGCAAAAAAGUGGCCGAUCCAAAACCUCGAUCGGAUUUCGUUUGGAGGAGCAAUGUUCUGACUUUUCUAGCGACUCUGAUUUCGGGGACUGCAAUAUGCGUUACGAGGAAAAGACCCCGAAAUCUAAACUCACUAGACAUAAAUCUAUGAAUGCUAGGACCUAUGUGAGGGGUAAUGUGGAUGAUAAUUCUUGUGAUACGAAACAAGCUACUGAAUUUGAUGUAGCUUCUGUGAAAUCGUCUCGUCCAAAAUCAAGCAUAGUGUCUUUUUCUGCCCGAAGCAGACGAACCCUCGUGCCCGAAUCCAGCAUUCACGUUCCGCAGUCUCCACGGACAGACGACGCCGAGGUGAACAGACAGCGGAAGAGAAUUUCAAAUGUCAAGGUGGAUCCUCUUUUCCGAAGAACUGGAGUCCACGGGUUUGGUGAUUCCCUCGAGAGGAGAGACAGUGUAAAAUCAGAACUUUCUCACGCUCCUUCUCCAUCAAACCUAACUCCUCGACCGUCUCCUAGGAAAAUAUCUACGGUUGAACAGGGGACCCUGGACAGAUCACCCUCUCUGUCAUAUGACCAAGGCCGCGCUAUUCAAAGUAGGCCAGUUGGAAGGUCUACAUCUUUCGCAGAGAGAGGUAAAUAUGCAGAUAGGGCAUCAAGGCCUUCCAGAAACAUCCUGUCUGUCGAUAGUCACCCUUUACAAAACCAGCCAGAGUCAUCCUCGGGUAUUUGUGGUCUUCGACGUCCAGCGCCUUUACACGCAUCUUCUGGGGAACCUUCUCUAGGAGGCAUCCGGAGGCCCAUUUCUGGAUCCAAGAAGACUCGGAAAUAUGGAGACGUGUCCAAGUCUUCCGGGAGAGCAUCUUUGAACAUGAUAUCAGACCGAACGCAGCCUGUUGCUGUGAUGAAGCUUCCCCCAUUGGAGGCUUCACUGAAGAAGACAGUGCCGGAGCGGGAUCUCUUAUGCUAUGGCAAAGAGGCCAUGGUAUAAUUACACCACUGUGUAUACUGAUACCACUAUUUACUAUUGGUUAUAAGGACAACACUGCAUUUACUAUAACAACAACGGUGUCGUUAUUGUCUGAUAUUGAUUUUUAAAAUGGGAGGAUAUUCACUGCAGAUUGGAUUGCCUAUAAGAAACAGGAAGCCCCCGUGAAUAUCGAACAUAACUCGAGUAAUCAACAGUGCGAAACAAGCGGAGUGCCGUUAUUAGAUUGAUAAGGACUCUAUAGACUCUAUGAUGUUAUAUCGCCUCAAAAGAUAUUUGCUGUUCAUGAUGCUGUUUUUUUUAUUGCAAUAGAUAAUCAACUGGGGCAAUUUCAGAUAGUCCGUCUUACAAAUGAGCCCUCACGAUCUACUCGAAGUUCUCGACUUGGAUUUUCCACGAGACUUCAACAAAUGCAAUUUCUUCAUAUUCUCAGGACCAAUCGUUGAUCAGUAGGACCACCACACCGAAUGUUGACAACGACGUCAAAUGUCGUUCAUGACGCCGAAUGUCUGUGUGGUAUUGGAAUAACCUUGUAAGCACAUGUGAUGAAGAAACGUUGUUGCGUUCACUUUACCACCGUGUACAUCCCAGACCCACAGAGCAGAUUGCCUGAAUGCUGGGACAUAUUGCGUGUCUAUCUUGUGCAGGAAAGGACGAACACAUCGAAAGGUAUACCAACCGUAUCGGACGUAUUCAAUUAUUUCUCACACUUCCAUGUUCGAACUAAUUAUACGAUAAAGUAAAGGUAUGGCUUGAAACUGGGAGGAACUGAUUCACUGAGUAUGAUGUUUUGACACUAUAGUUGUACCUACGUCUCUCGAACGUUUUACUCUUACAGUGUAAUAAUAGGUGUUUGGGUGUUAUCGUUCAUUUAUAUGAACACGGCUGGUAAUUCCAUAAUAACAUUUCUUUGGUUAACGCUUUGUCCCUUUCUUAAAUCGUUCAAGGCUCGUGGAUCAUAAUUUAUCCUUUCCUUUCAAACAGUACCAGAUCACGACACAAUGUUUUCUUAUAUUUUGCUGUUACUCUGUGAAUUUUGUGAUGAGCCUUACAAAAGACAAUGCAUGUGUUAUUGGUCACAAAUCUAGUUUGGAAAUGUAGCACAAUCAUUACUAUACAUGUUUAGUUACCUUGAUUUCCUACAAAUAUACCAAAUAUUUGAACCUGCUUGAAAUACUUGAUAUUGAUGAUUUAUUAAAAUGUGCAUUGACCUCGGGAAAAUGUUACACAGCGAAUAUAUCUGUGAUAUGCAUACACUGUGAUAGACUGAUUUUGAUAAAUGGUCGUAUUUGAUUACGACUCGAGCAUGUAAA